UGAGGGUGAGGAUCAUAAGGGUGUAUAGGUUAAGGGUCGAUUGAAGUCAGAAAUCGCAGGUGAUGAACUGGUGGCAGAAUAUGGUUCUUCCGAUGAGACGAGUUUGGCUUGCUGUUGGUGCUCGUGUUAAAUCCACUCAUAACGGUGGUGGGCUAUUGAAGCUACAUGACGAUAUACAGACAUGUGGGUACGAGGAUAUCCAAGUCAUGUGGGAGAUUCUUAGAAGAACGGAAUCGGGGGCGACGUCGAACCCUGCAAAGCGCAAGCCGAAACCAUUUUGGAAGAUCUUGGUGGCUACCGAAUGCUGAUCCACAUUCCAUUCCAUCAACUAAUUAAUCAACAUAACAAGCCAACUUUCUCCGUUCUGCUGUGACUUUAGCAUCACCUCUUAUCAAUCAGAAGUGAAAUAAGACUUAAAAGAUCAGCACCUCUCUAAAACCAAACAGCACCUA